AUGGAGGAGGCGGCGAGCAGGCAGCAGAGGCAGCGGGAGGCGGCGGCGCGGCUGCGCCAGCUGGUGGCCCGCGCGCGCGCGCUGGGCGCCGAGGCGGCGACGCGGCCGGCGGGCCGCCGCCUGCUGGCCGACAAGUGGCAGCCGCAGGAGUCCGGCGCGCCGCCGUCGUCGCCGCUGGCGCUCACUCUGGCCGGCGCCGCCUGCGCGUCGCUGGCGCUGCUGCUGGCGCUCGGCCUGCACACGCACGGCGGCUUCGCGCGCGCCUGGCUCAAGUGGCAGCGCCUCGACAUCUACGACGAGGCCUGUACCAUCCAAGCACCGGACCUCAUGACCAAAGUAUUCCGGCCACCAGAGAAUUGUUCCAUGUGUGUUGGUGUGCACCAUGUAGAAAAAGUGGCUAACAUUUCACCAGCCGUCUUCGAAGAAAAAUACGCGUACACUGGAAAACCGGUAGUUGUGACUGAUGCGAUGGAGAACUGGACUGCUCCAGAGGUGUUCGACUUCGACUUCUUCAAGAGUAUUUAUGACGAGAGAAACGUACGAGGCUGCCAGUUCUUUCCGUACGAAACGGAAUUCAAGCGCUUGGAGGAAGUGUUCGAUAUGAGCGAAGACAGAGCAAAGAUGAGGGACGGCACCAAACCUUGGUAUGUUGGCUGGAGUAAUUGCGAUGAUCGUAUCGCUCGUAUCCUGAGGGAGCACUACACACGCCCCUACUUCCUGCCCCCAACUGCGGAGAACAAGAACACUGACUGGAUAUUUAUCGGGAGCCCCGGCUACGGGGCCCACAUGCACGUGGACAACGUGGGACAUCCGUCAUGGCAGGCGCAGCUGAGGGGCAGCAAGAAGUGGACGCUGCAGCCGCCUCCCGAGUGUUUCUACUGCUGCGACCCGCUGCAUGUUGUUGUCGAACCCGGAGAGAUAAUUAUCCUCGACACCAAUCGAUGGUACCACAAGACACUGAUUGUUUCAAAUGAGAUGAGUAUUACAAUUGGCGCAGAGUAUGAUUAGAGUAAUAGGAAAAUGGAGAUACUUAAUGCUGUUGCACUAACUCUGUGUGCAUAUAUAUCACGGUAAAGCGUAACAGCUCCCAUUACUUAUAAUGCAUCUCACACAACACAAGAAAGUUAUGAAAUUAGUUCCAAAAGCAAAUUUUAUAGAAAUUAUUCAUUUAGAUUUUACCAUUUGUUAGAACAAACUUCUGGCCUUUGUUCAUGCUGACUGAUCUCAAAAAUAUGCAUGUCAUAUUUAAAUAUUGUGUAUCUUACAUGCAACUGAUGAACUGUAUUUUUAGUAAUAUUUAAGUUCUUAUGAACAUAUUUAACUUAAGUCAGUUACUGUGAUAAUCAUUUAAUUUUUCUUUCUUUGAUAAUUAGCAUUAAUGUUUACCA